UAGUAUAGAGCGAACCACGGACUGAAUGUGGCGUGUGCAUGUGUAGUAUGCUUUGCGGCGCCGUUAACGUUGCUAGCGAGAAGUCGCACAAAUACUCUAAAAUUUAAGGUUUUUGAUCGAUUCUUGGCAUUAAAUUUAAAAAAAGACUUUAUUAUGCAGUGUAAAUGUACGCGUAAAAAAUAUAAUACAUCUCCGUUAUUAAGUUUUUGUGUACAUGUAUAUUACCGUUGAAAUAAAAACUAUCUUUAAUGAUUUUUUUAUAUAUUUUUUUUACGUUUCUUUGUAUUUAAAUGUAUUUAAACUAUAGUGGAAAUAUUUGUUGAAACUGAAUUUUUUUUUUAUUCUAUAAUACUAAAAUAUAUUAUUGAUAUACACUGACCGAAUAUUGAUAAUUUUAGUUGGGAAACCGCGUGGAUUGUUAUUCUUCAGAACUUCAAGAGUGGUUCUACAAACAUUAGGGCUCAUGAAGUGACCUGACAUAUGCAAAACGAGAUGACUUCAAUUGACAACCGGAUCGUGUGUAGGAUCAAAAUGUGGUCACUAAUAGCAGGGAUACUGUGGUUAAUUAUCAUGCCAAUGUGUACCAGUCUUAUACUAGAUGGCACAUAUAGUCAGUUUCGAAAAUGGAACGUAGGCACAAAUGGUACAUUUGAAAUGGAGUUCAAGACAAGGUCUCCUAAUGGAUUGCUCAUGUACACAGAUGAUGGUGGAACUUAUGAUUUUUUUGAGUUGAAGAUAGUCGGAGGUACAAUGCGACUUCGAUAUAAUUUAGGUGGAGGUGCUCAGAUCCUAGUUGCUGGUCAUGAUCUGUACGACGGUCGGUGGCACCAUGUGGCUGUUAAUCGCCGUGGUAUCGUCACAACUUUAACAGUAGACAAUGUCACUAGUUCAGCUACUUCUGCUGGUAAAGAACUACAAUUUGGUCGACUAACUUCAAAUUCUGCCGUAUACGUGGGAGGAAUGCCCGAAUGGUACAAUGGUCGACUUACUCAUCUAGCUUUACCUAGUGUAAUAUUCGAGCCACGAUUUAGCGGGACGGUUCGCAAUAUUGUUUACGCCGAUGAUUACCAUUCCUAUCCAAGGCGACAGACAUCUUUAACAGAUCCUAUUGGUCAACUUAAGUGUUCUGGGACUAGAUGCAGAAGGACUGUAAAUAAGGAUAAAAAAAUAAAGGUCAAUGGCGGUGUUGGUGGCAAAGUGUCUAAUCACCAUCGGGCCAAUCCAGAUGCGUGCGAGAAACACGAUCCUUGCCAACACGGCGGAAUAUGCAUAUCCACCGAUUCGGGUCCAAAAUGCCAGUGUCGAGACAAAAACUACGAGGGAGUUUAUUGUGAAAUAGACAAAAUCACUACAGAAGCAUCGUUUACUGGAGAAGAGUUUUUGAAAUAUGUUUUUGACGGCAACACCGAAGGCGAUUCGUUUACGCUUUAUUUCAAAACCAAACAACCAGCGGGUCUUCUUUAUCACAUGGGAGAUGGAGGCAGUAAUUAUCUCAACGUUGGCAUCGUCACUGGUGGAGUAACUGUAACGAUGAAAGUGGAUUCUGGUUCAUUGGAUAUGUUCAUCAAGCCCAAUAGAAUACGGUUCGAUGAUAACCAAUGGCAUAAGAUAUUAGUCACCCGAAAAGUGCAAGGGAUAUCUGCAGUCACUAGUUUUUGUAAGUUGUCAGUGACGGUGGAUGAAGUUUAUGGUGAACAAGGAAGCUCUGCGGGUGCUUUCACAUCCUUGCCUUUGGGUUACCUAUAUUUAGGUGGUAGUGAAAACACAGUUGCCUUACCUGGUACUAAAGCCAGUACAAAUUUUAUCGGUUGUAUUAAAAAGGUGGAGUACUCAAUUGACGGUGUCAGCAAGUACGACUUCUUAGAAAUGGGUAAAACUAUUAGCUCUAGUAUUCGAGUAUAUGGUCGUUUGCAAUUUUCAUGCAAUGAUUUUGGAAUGAAUGAUCCUGUAUGCUUAACUACGCCUCGUUCAUUUCUUAUGCUUCCCAAUUGGGACGGCUCCACCAGUGGUUCAAUAUCUGUAAAGUUUCGUACCAACGAACCCGAUGGUCUUCUAUUCUUCAGUAGAGGUCAAACAGAGCAUACCUCUGGAGCAUAUGCUGUAGAAAUGGUCGAUGGAAGGCUGUACGUUUAUUUAGAUUUAGGAACUGGUGGCUCUAGGUUUGAAGUGAGUUCAGAAAACGUUAAAAUCAAUGACGGAGAGUGGCAUGAAUUUUCUAUAUGGCGUAAUGACAGAGACAUACAUUGUACCGUUGAUGAUUACUCUUCAGAUUUUGUAACUGCUGGUGAAUCUACUCAGCUACAUUUACAGAAUGGUAUCAUGCUAGGGUUUGGUGGGCGUGCUAUAUAUCAUAAAAAAAUACCACCAGGUGUUUGGACGCUCACAAUGGAAAAAGGAUUUGUUGGUUGCGUUCGCGAUCUCAUAUUAGAUGGAGUGACCAUAAAUUUGGUUUCUUUGUCGUUAGAACAAGAUCGGGUUUCAGUAAUACCACACUGUCCAGAACCUUCAGAAAAUGGUGGUUGCCGACCAGAUACUUGCUAUAAUGGAGGAAUGUGUCGUGAAGGAUGGAAUCGAUAUAUUUGUGAUUGUUCGUCGACUGAAUUCACUGGAGCGUCUUGCACGCGGGAAACUGCAGCAUAUAGUUUCAACGGAACCCAAUAUAUUCAAGCAGUUAUGUCAGAUAAAAUGACCACUCAAGCAGAGGAUAUGUUCUUUAGGUUUAAAACUAAUAGGCCACUUGCUAUGUUGAUGAAGACAUUUGAUAGUUCAUGGGAUAGAUUAGAAAUCGCAGUGAUUGUGGGCAAAAUUCGAUUAGCAUUAAAAAUUGGUGACAAAGAAAAGGUUGUUCUUUGUGGUACACAUUUAGAUGACAACAACUGGCAUUCAGUAUAUUACGCCAGAAGAGGUCAUGAAAUCAGACUAAGAGUUGAUAACGAAACUGCUAAAGAUGAUUCUGCUAUGGACAACACUAUUACACUCAGAUGGCAGGGUUUGUUAGUUGGUGGAUCACCACCUAAAGAUCCAGAAGCAUUGACUGAUUUGCCAAGUUUUAUUGGCAGCAUGCAACAGUUCAUUAUAAAUAAAAUAAAUAUUUUAGAAAUUUCAAAAAUAUCCGCCAAAGGCUUUUCGGGGGAUUUGCCUAAAGUACAUGCAACUGCAUUACAAAUUGCUCGUGAUAAACCUCCUACGCUGAUCAACACUGCAACGUUUUUAUCCAAGAACACAUUCGUUGGUUUGCCUUCAUUAAAAGCUUACUCUAGGCUAGAUGUGUACUUUCGUUUUAAAACAAGACAUGCUUCUGGUUUAUUUUUCUAUAAUGGAGGUAGUAAUAGAGAUAAAAGUAAUGAUUUUGCUUUGGCGGAGAUCGUCAACGGUCAUGUUUUAGUCAACAUUCGGUCAGGAGUUCAUGUGAUUCGGUUACGAGAUACCAACAAAACGGGAUAUAAUGAUAACUUGUGGCAUUCAAUUCAUAUACUCCAAGUAUCUGCCACUUUGUAUAGUUUAUCGAUAGACGAACGAGUGAUUGUCACUACCUCUGUAUCACGUCCUCAUAAUAUACAAUUGAACGGAAUGUUAUAUGUAGGUGGAUUACCUAAGGAUCUACAUAAGCACCAAAGUAAACACAUUCAUUCUAGACACGGAUUUGAAGGUUGUAUGUCUGAUCUGGAAUAUAACGGUGAAUCGCAAGACAUGGUUGAGAACGCAUCAAUUCCUAGUACAUUGAUAACAGUUGGUUGUGGUGGAUUAGGUCGUAUGUGUGCUAGAGAUAUGUGCGACAAUCAUGGAACUUGUGUAGAACAAUGGAAUUCAUACUCUUGUGACUGUGAUAUGACAGCAUUCGUUGGUCCCACAUGCUCUGAACCUUCCAUUUCCUAUGAGUUUGGACCAGAUGGAGGUAUGAUAAGUUACUCGUUUCCCGAAGGAAGACAACCAGAUGUACAAAAUGAUCAGCUUGCUGUAGGUUUGAUCACUUCUCAAUCGAGUGGCGUACUGUUACGAGUCGACAGUGGCACAUCCACCGAUUAUUUACAGCUUGAAAUAGUCAAUGGAAACGUUAUCGUAAUAUACAAUAUAGGUACAAACGAUCAUCCGAUUGGGGAAGCCAAUGUGAAGGUUGAUGACAAUACGUUUCAUUUGGUAAGGUUCACGCGAAAUGGGCCAAACUCUACAUUACAAGUAGAUGAAAAUAGUGUGCAAACUCACUAUCCUUCCGGGCAUCAACUAAAUGUAUUUAACGGUCAGUCAAUCAUUCAAGUUGGAGGCCAAUGGAAUAGAACCGGUAAACGAAUUGAAAAUGGAUUUCGAGGAGUUAUGAUGGGAUUAGUAUUUAACGGAUUGAGAGUAUUAGACAUAGCCACUAAUGGUGACACAAGAAUUACAAGCAGAGGGGAUGUACAAAUGCUAUCAUCUAUAGCUGAUCGACUCAAUGAGCAUUCUCUUUUGGAUACAAUGCAGCAGACACCAGCUUCAGGAGUAAUGGAUGACCUUGUAUACUCUGGUGCAGGUUCAGGUUGUAAUCAUGACGAUGAAGAUCAGUGUAUAGCGACAUUUGACUCAGGUGGUACUGACGACUUGAUUACACCUGUCUAUGUGCCAGCUACUGCAGUACCACCACCUCCAUUGAGUAUAGAUUUACCGGCACCCCCCGAAUCUGGACCACAAGGUGGCUGUAAUGAUGAUGAUGAAGAAACGGGAUGUAACACUUCGGGUUCCGGGUUUGGUCCAACUCCAGAAGCACCACCAGUGACAGUUUUUACAGCAAUUAAAAGUACUCAUCAUUCAUCCAUUGUUACUUCAAUUGAACCAGUUAAUCGAACAUUAUCAUUGGGAGUUGUCCCUACUAACCGGCGACCAGAUGAAAGUUCUCAGCCAACUCCUCCAGUAUUUUACAGUUCUUCACUAUCGCCAUCGACAUCAGGAAUCAAAUCAACAACAGCAUGGCCAUCGUUUCCACCUCUCAUAACAACAAGUUUCAUUCCUGCCAUGUCAACGGAUAAUGGCCGAUUAUCGUCCGGGAUCAGUAGCACACCUUCGCAAUUUAACAAUACAGUGCCAGAUGAAUCUAACUUUGAUUACAAGUGGCAUUCAUCGUCUAUGCCUCCGGAUUUUGGCGAUAGAUUUGCUGCGCAUCCACAACCAACAGAACCUACCAAAAGAGACGUGCCAAUCAACACAGAAGCUGCUGAGAGCACGGCAUACGUAGUACUAGUUACUACUGGAACGCUCAUAGUUAUUGUAUUAAUUAUAUUAGUAGUGCUAAAAGUUAAAUAUCGUACAGAUACAAAUAGAUACAAGAUUGAAAUACCCAAAGCAUAUCCAACAAUAGUAGAAUCAGAUCGACAUCACUUACAGCAUGGGGACAGUCACCUCCGUAACAGCCAUCAUAAUAGUCAUCUUCAUCACAAUUCCAAUCCUUUGCUAUCACCAGGAAAUUACUUUUCUUCAUCUAGCAUACAACCAUCUCCAAGUGCAUCAUCUGCAACAUACGUGCACAACGAUUUUCGAACUAACAAGCCAGGUGCGAAAAAAAGACAGGAUGUAAAGGAAUGGUAUGUUUAAAUAACCGUAGUACGUUUGAUGUGCAAGAUCGUCUUUUAUUUUCUAAACAAAAAGUGAUCUUACUUAGAUUCCUAUACUUCCUAAAUAUUCCUGAAUACUGAAAAUUUGUUCCUGCCAAGCUAGUGACCACAACGAAUACAUCUUUGGUGGUCAUAUAAUACAAAUAAUGUCUAUAAUCUGUAAAGAUGAUAUGUAUAUUAUGAAUACUAUUGUAUAAAACAUUUCUUACUGUUAAAAUUUUCAUUGUUCACUGUUAGGCAUCUUUUUCGAUGCAUAAUAUUUAGGUAAAUUUAUAAAUUCGUAUCUUAAUUGUUGACGUUUAUUAAUGUUAUAUAAUAAAUAAUCAUGUUUUACUGUACCGGACAAUAAUCAAUAUCGUUAUUGUUGAUAAUUUGACAUUUUUUGUUUGUAUUUUAUUAUUAUGAUUUAAUAAAGAAUUAAGAUACUUUUGUUUAUAAUAUAUUUUAAAGGCCUAUCUGACGUUUUGAUCAGGUUUAGGCCAUAUUAAUUGUAUAUUUUUAAUGACAAAAAUAUGUUCUUGUAGCUUAAUGUACAGUAGUUAAUAAUAUUUUUGUAGUAGCAAAUUAUUAAUUAAAAGUACUAGAAGCCGAAUGAUACUUAUAUUUUUCAGCUAAGAUUGAGUGUAUGUUGUGUGAUAACGUUACAUGGGUAUCAAUCGAUAUAAAUUAUAUUAGUGAAAAUAUAUUCUACAGUUGUUUUAUGAUCA